CGGGCCAGCCUCGAUCGCUCAAUAUUCAACCCUCCGCCGGACGAGAGCGCCCGACAGCAGCGGCUCCUCCAGACGGGGGUACGAAUCGACCGUUCCUUCUUUUGCGCCCUCGCCCGCGGAGCUGUUCGAUCGCGCGGCCAACGUUCCGCCAGAGGAAGGAAGUCCUCGAGCCCUCGAGAGGGAUCAGCCAGCACGCGGGUGGCAGAGCGCGUUCUUCUCUCACACCUUCUUCUGUCGCCCGAACUUCCACCCUUUCUUCUCUCGCCCUCGAUUUUUUUUCACCCCGUCGUCGGGAGUCGCUGUAAAGAGCGGGAUGGAGGGCAAGAAAGUCGAGCAGUUUUAUUCACCGCCGCCGAAGCUUGGAAAAUGGGAAAGCUUCCGAGUCUUCCUCUGGAACUCCGAAACGGGACAGUUCCUGGGACGCACUGGCGCUAGUUGGGCUAAAAUUUUGCUGUUCUACGUAAUUUUCUAUGCCGUCCUAUCCGGCUUCUUCGGUGCGAUGCUUGCUGUGUUCUAUCAAACGUUGGAUCCGAACGCGCCGAAGUGGCAGCUAGAUAAUUCGCUGAUUGGCAGCAAUCCGGGUCUCGGUUUUAGGCCUAUGCCUCCUGAAAGCAAUGUUGAAAGUACUUUGAUCUGGUACAAGGCUAGCGACGAGGGUAACUAUCUUCACUGGACCAGAGAAUUGGACAAAUUCUUGGAAGAAUAUCAAAGGUCUCCUCCGGGUGCGAAUAGUUUUGACAGAAUAAAUUGCGAGUAUGGUAGACCAGCACCACCAGGCAAAGUCUGCGAUGUAGACAUGACGAAUUGGGGACAAUGCACGAAGAAUAAUAAAUAUGGUUAUAGCAGAUCAGCACCUUGCAUCUUCUUGAAACUGAAUAAGAUUUUUGGAUGGGAACCGAAAUUUUAUAACAAUACUAAAAAUUUACCGGCUUUGAUGCCAGCGGAUCUUAAGGAGCAUAUCAGACAAGAAGAAAAAUCCAAUAGACUGGAUACUGUUUGGGUAUCUUGCGCUGGUGAAAACCCUGCCGACGUAGAAAAUAUGGGUGCAAUUCAAUACAUACCACGUCGAGGUUUUCCUGGCUACUACUUCCCAUUUAAGAAUACCCAAGGAUAUUUGAGCCCUCUUGUAGCUGUGUUCUUUGAAAAGCCCAAGUACGGCGUACUUAUUAAUAUCGAAUGUAAGGCAUGGGCGCACAACAUCAUCCACGACAGAUUUGAGAGACGUGGCUCGGUGCACUUCGAAUUGAUGGUGGACUAAGCCCGGUCAAUCGCCAGAUCAUUAUCGCUACUAACCGCGUCCAAGUAGGAAGCCGCAAGAGAAUAGAACAGAAAGAAGACAUUUCUUUUUUAACCUGCCUCGUUGGCCGACCGCGAUCACACCCUGUACCAUCCGGUUUUCUCUCUGCCCGACGAUACCGUUCCGGAUUAGCCUUACUUCUUCUCACUAUCAUCAUUUCAUCACCUCAUCGUCUUCGUCGUACUUACAACGAUUGUAAACGUUAUCCAUCUAUCAUGUCAAUUGCCAAGAGAAGGAUAAAAAAGGGAAAAAAGGAAAACGGGAAGACGAAAGAGAUAAAGAGAAAGGAAAAAGAAAAAAUGAACAAAAGGGAAUAGCAACAUAAACGAGAAAAUAAACUCAACGAAGCAAUCAACUACACUCGAGAUGCACAAAACCAAACGGGAAGGAAGAAAGGUGAAAUGAACAAUCCCGCACAAAAGCCGGGCGGUAUCUUCUCUUAUUUCUGCCAGGGUUGUGUUACGGGGAGUGAUCUCGACCAUCGACGGCUAGUCGAUCGUUCGCAAAACUUAAUUCGCGCGCGAGAGAGAAAGAGAGAUAGAGAGAGAGAGAGAGAGAGAGAGAGAGAGAGAGAGAGAGAGAGAGAGAGAGAGAGAGAGAAAGAGAAAGAGAGAAGUUUUCCCUUAGUUAAAAACCCACCGACCGUUCCAGUUAGAUAUCUUGAGCUUUGCGUCACACACAUUUCUUUUCACAAGGACAAGCUCAGCCGAUUGUCAUGGCACUGCGGAUGAUCGAUGACUUUAGUUCAGCCAUGUAGAUGUAUUACAUUAGUGUGUUUUGCCCAUCGCGUUAUGAUACAUCUUGGCAUGUUAGUAUAUUGAAAUUUUUGGGCAUUGGUAAGAGAAGUGGUACUUGGAAUUUUAAUAAAUGACAGUAGGUACAAAGGAAUACAAGUACGUGUUAGAUUUAGUUGGACUUGCUGUUAAGUAACAAUGAUAAACGUUACUUGUAACGUUAUUUAAAACUUUGAGUGACGUUAAUAAUGUGUCAAGAGAAAAUUAAUUAUAUUCG